AUGUUACAUUUAUCAGAUGAAUCAAGAAAUAAUUUAAGAAAUAAUGAUUUUAAUUUUUUAACAAAUUCAUAUCAAAAAUAUCAAAAACCUUUUUUUGAUUAUAUUAGUUUUUGUAGACAUUUACAUUUAAAUGCAAUAAAAAGGAUGAUUAAUAAUAAUAAUAAUAAUUAUGAAAAUUCAAAAAAAUCAAUGGUUAUUCAAUAUGAAAUAUUCAACCUUUUUAUUAAUAAAAAUACGAAAUUUACUCAUCUUUAUAUACCUAAACAAUUUGAUUGUCUAAUACAUCUUAUUCCUGGAGCUGAUCAAUGUUUUUCAGAACUUGAAUAUCUUUUUUGUCAAACUAGUAUAAAUGAGAAUAUUUUGAUUGGAUUAACGGAUAUUUGCAGAUCAAUUAAAGCAGUCAAACUUUUUGUUGAUAAUAAUUAUAUAAUAAAAGUUCUUUCAUUUUUUGUAAAUAUAAAAAGUUUGGAAUUACUUAAUUAUCGUAUGACAUCAGAUCAUAUAGAAAAUUUACCUUUACCUUCUUUACAAGUUUUAAAAGCAAAAGGUAUUCCAAUUAAUGUAUUAGAAAGAUUAAUUGAAAAUACAAGUGGAUUAUUAACUGAAAUAAGAAUUGAUGGUAUAAGUCAUAAUGAGAUUAAUAAUAAAAGAAUUAUUCAAGCUAUAUAUCAAUAUUGUCCAAAUCUUAAAUAUCUUAAAAUAGUUUUUAGAUAUAGUAAUAUUUUAGAAUUAAAAAAUUUAUUAAUUAAUUGUAAUUUUUUAUGUGGAUUAUUUAUUCUUAUUAAUAAUAUGGAAGAUGUAUUUGAUAUAGAUUAUCUUUUCGAAAUAUUAGCUAAAUCUUCACCAAUUAAUUUAUUUAAAUUUAAAUUUAAAUUUAGGUAUAGACCAGUUAAAUUAGAAUCUUUGAAAUCAUUUUUUGAUAAUUGGAAAGGUAGGCAUCCAAUGUAUUUACAUUUCAUCAAAAAAUUAGAAAAUAAUAUAGAUGAUUUGAUAGAUUUAAUAGAAGAAUAUAAAACAAUUGGUAUAAUCAAAAAAUUUAAUAAUGGAUUGGAUUGUAAAGAUUUUGAAUGGAUUUAGUCAUAUGUAUAAAAUUUUUGUAAUAUUACUAAUUAUACUUAAAAUUAUCGUUAAAUAGGACGUAUUUAAAUAACGAAUUUUGUAUUCAUUUUCUAAAAUUAGUAUUUGGC